AGCGUUUGAGGAACGUGACAGCCAGAGGCGGCGCACGUUAUGCAAAAGGCAGUUAAACGCCUACCACGUGUGAGACGCCUAUUGGCGCAUCAGAGACACGCGUACUGCGUUUAAUACGGUCAUUUUGGUUUUGUUUCUUUCGUAACCGUUCCCUUUGCCAUUUUCAUUUCAUUACUUGUGUAAGUUCAACGAGUUUCUCUGCAGCACCACAUCUGGGUUUUGAAGAACAGAGUAUAAGGUCAUCACUUUGCACCGCAUCCACCAUCAUUCAAAAGGUAAAAAUGGAUUUCUCUAGAGAAUUGAGAGAGCUACGGGGUAACUAGAGUAGGGAAGAAGAAGAGGUGGUGAUUGCCGCGGAACCCAUCGCGAUGAUAGUACCACCGGAGUUGCAGGAUUUGCCGGAGAUCUUAACGUCAGAGAGCAGCGCCAGUUCAAACGCCAGAGAUAAUAGCGACGGCCACCGCGAUUCACCGUCCAGCAGCUCGUCCCUUGGGAAUCAUGAGCCAGAACCGGAGAACGUGGGUGGUAUCGAACAAGGUGUGCCCGUGGCUGGGGAAUGGGAGGAUAGGGUACUCCCGGGCAGACUGAGCAACAUACGCAAAGCUCCCAAGGAUCUGCCAGCCGGGUUUAAAUUCAGGGCGUCACUUCAUCACGAAGUAGCGGACUGCGCGCCCUCAAUAAGUGGGUAUAGAAGGCUGGAGGAGAUGAUACAGGAGUACCACAUCCCGAGGACUAUAUUGGUGCGAACUGGCGGGCAGAACGAGAGGGCUUGCUCGGUGUCGCGGACGGGCUGGAUACCCGUAUAUGCAGAUCAUUUUGACGCCGGUCUGCGAUUUCCACUACCCGGGCUGGUGUUCGACCUGCUGGCCGACUACAAGCUGGCUCUGACGCAGCUGACGCCCAACAGCAUAAGGUUCAUCGUGGGCUUUAUGCUGUUGUGUGCAAGACUGGAGGUACCGGCCAAGGCGAUAGUGUUCAGGUUGCUGUUCCAGUGUCGGCUGUGUCCAAACUCAGGAGGGGCGAGAUGGUACUACCUCUCUGGGAGGGAUAAGAGCCAGCUCUUCAAGAACGGUCAGCAACGACCUCGCUGCCCGUCUGUCGGACUGGCGUACACCACACGCGCAUGUAAAUUAUCCCCAGCUGCUGCCACGGGACAUAGACCUCAAAAACCGGCUGCUAGAGCACGCGAGGCGCAAAAAUUUAGUAGAUCUAGAAGCGCUGGUUACCCCGGAGCUGCUCGCCGUGUUUGGGUUUGUCGACGCGGCAAACCUGUUCACAAAAGGUAGAUUUUUCUCAUAUGGUAGGCA